AGAAGGCAAGUCCUCCCUCUGGUCCUCCGGAGGCUUGGGCAGGAGCUGCUGCUGCCAGGAGGAGAGUCUGAGAUGGAGGCAUUCCUGCAGCGGAGCAAGAGCAGGCUGAGUCGAAAUAAGCACCUAGAUAAAGUGCAUGUAGUCCUUGGAAAGAAGUCCUGUGAUUUGGAUUCUUUUAUUUCUGCUCUGAUAUAUGCCUAUUAUCUUGAAAAGGUCAGCCCACCUAACAUUCUUUGCUUGCCUGUACUGAACAUAACGAGAAGAGAAUUCUGCUACUGUACAGAAACUGGAUUUAUUUUGGAAGAGCUGAAUAUUCCAGAGUCUCUCCAUGUUUUCCGUGAUGAAAUCAAUUUGAACCAGCUUAACAAUGAAGGGAAAUUAUCUCUUACACUACUGAACAGUAGAGCACUGACAAGCGAAGAUAAAAGUUUGGAAUCAGCUGUCGUCAGAGUCAUCUGCCCUGAAGAGCAACGUGAUGGCAAUCUGGAGUUAGCAGAAUCCACCUCCUCUCUUGUAGCGAAAGAGCUUCUUCAAAAGGCACCCGAGUUAAUCACUUUACAACUGGCUCAUCUCCUCAGAGGGAGCAUCCUCUCUAAAGUCGUGGCCAUGGAUCUUGAGAAAAUUACUGAAGAACAAGAAGAAGUGCUUUCCAGUUUGGAAGAGAAAUUCCCAGAGCUGCUUCCUCGAGAGGAUAUUAUCACCGUGCUUCAGGGGGCUCAGUUUCAAGCAUAUGGGCUAAGGAUUGAGGAGGCUAUGCUCAAGGAUCUCAAAGAGGUGUCAGACGGAGAGAUAAAAGUAGCAGUUAGUACUGUGUAUAUGAACCUAGAGGACUGCCUCUUACAAAGAAACAUGACUGGAGACCUAAAAGAAUUUGUGGACAAAUAUGGCUUUGAUGUCCUUGUCAUUUUGGCCAGCUACAUAUCAGAAGAGGACCAAGAAAAAAGGCAAAUAGCAGUUUAUUCAGAAAACAUGGAGCUGGGAAACCAAAUCUGUUGUGAGUUAGAGGAAUGUCAGAAUCCUUGCCUGGAACUAGAUCCUCUGGAGUAUGGCUGUGACCAACUCCUCCUUUAUCAGCAAGCUAACUCUACAGCAAAUUGUGAUGAAAUUUUUUUGCUAAUGAAAGAUGUUAUCACCAGAAGACACCCAGAGAUGGCAUCAAACAGUAGGACAUCUUCCACUGAAGCUGUUGCUGGAAGUGCACCACUUUCCCAAGGGUCUUCUGGAAUUGUGGAAUUGUAUGGUUCUGAUAUUGAACCCCAGUCAAAUGUUGUCAACUUUAUAGAGAACCCUCAAGAUCAUAAUGGAUCUGCUCAAGCCCAUGCUGAUGUUAAUGUAGAUCUUGUGAGUCCAGACAGUGGACUUGCUACUAUUAGAAGCAGCAGAUCUUCCAAAGAGAGCUCAGUUUUUCUUAGUGAUGAUAGUCCAGUAGCAGAGGGAGCUGUAUCUCAUCACAGUUUCCUCUCUGGUUUUGACUCUUAUAGCCCUAUUCCAGAAGGAGCAGUAGCUGAAGAAAAGCCUCAGUCUAGAAACAGCAGUGACAAUUUUGAUUUUUUCAACUUUGAUUUAGCACCGAUGGCUACAGUUCAGACAGAGGUUUCUCAUUCUGUAGACUGUUCUCCUGGUGAUGAUUUCUCCCAUGACAGUGGCUCAUCAGAAGGACAGCAGCCAGCUGACUCAAAAAUAGCUGGUGGGACCAAUCCAUCAGAAUAUGAAAUUUCAUAUUAUUCAGCUGAUUUGCUAGUGACAAGAAAUGAAGAAGAUGACACAGUAAAAUUUAAUGAGCAUACACGCCACCCACAAAAUGCUAGAGAUUUUACAAAAUCAAAAUCAAGUUUGUUGGCCUUGGAAAAUGAUUCUCCGCCUUCUUCGGAAGUGGUGAAAAAUGAUGAGAGAAGAACUCCACCAACCCCAAUGAACAGCCUUGUGGAUACAUCACCUUUAGAUAGUGGCCUACCUUUAUUUUAUCCACAAGAUGUAAUUAAAAAAAUUAAUGAAAUUGAUCAUGUGAACCAUCCUCAGUCUCGUGUUAGAUAUAGUAGCUGGUGGGAUGGUUUUGAAUUAGGUUCAAAAGAUGCUGACACAUGGAGUUCAGCUGAAACAGAAGCUGCAUUUCAGAAUCCUGAUUCGUGGAAAGAUCAUAAAGCAAGUCUACUGCAGAGAAAGCAAAUUGACAGAAGAGCUUCAGAUUCAGUCUGUGCACAAAAAUAUCCAAAGCAACUGGAAUUUUCAGGAACAAGUAUUUGGGAGGAUCAACUGAGUCCUAUCCAGAAUGAGCAUGAUUUGGGAAACCAAGAAAAAGAGAACGGGCAACAAAAGGAAGACUUUUCUAAUGUGUGGGAAUCCAGUCAACCAAUGCCUGCAACAUGUGAUCUGUGGGAUAAUACCAACCAUCACACUGGAUGUGUGGAGACAAAUUCACCUAAUGCUUGGUCAAAGCUUGAUUGUGCUGGUUCUGAGCUUUCAGAGGAUGUGUGGAAUGUUCCUCAUGUAGAUUUUGAUCACAUUUCACAAAGGAAUUUUGACACAUGGGCUGUGCCUAAACAUUUGCCAGAAAUCUCUGGAGAAAAUGAAUGUGAAAAUCUAAACAGCCAAGUUGAUUUACAAUCCAAAAAUAAAGAUAAUCACAGUUCAAUAGAUAACCACAGAGCAUAUACAAAUGAACAGUCUCAUGUUAAUAGUAUGCAGAAGAAUGUUAAAUUGACCUUGGAACACCAAAAUGACACUGUAGAAAAUUCCAAACAAAAUCAUAAUGUAGAGGGAUGGGGUGUGUCUGAUUCAGACAUCAGAAAAGAAAUACUUGGAAACAUCUCUUGGGAAGAUCCCUUCCUGUCCUACAGAGAUCCAGAUUUUAUCACAUCAAAUACAGGUGAAGACUUAGUUGUUUCUCCACCAGAUACAAAUUAUUCAACCUCAGACUCCUAUGUAUCACCAUCAGGAACUGGAGAUGAAAGAGAAGGUGAAGGCAAGCUUUCUAAUGGAGAACUGAUCUUUGAUCAAAUGAUAAACUCAAACCCAGGUGAACAUGUAACAUGUGCUUUAACACAGGAGAAAUCAUUCCCACAGUUAUCUCCUAUACAUUCAUCUGAUUCCAGUUGUGAAAACAGAAGCCCUGAGAAAGAAACAGAACCUGCACAUUCUAAAGUUAACCUUGUAGCAAACGCUGUUUUACUUGAUUCAGAACAAAAAGGUGCCAUGUAUUUUUCAGAUAACUGCUGUAUUGAUGAAAGUAGUCCUUCUACUUCUGAAGACUGUGGAUUAAUGGUGAUUUCUGUACAGACAAGUAAUCUUUCACUGUCAUCCAAAGAAAAUGCUGAAAUAACUAGUGGAGACAGUCUUAUGGAGACAAACUAUCUACAUUUGGACCCCAAUGACAUGAAGAGCACUAUUUCAGUUAGUAGUAAAGUAAAAGACAACGAACAGUCUCAGCAGAGUGAUGAACUUCUAGAUAAACAUUUAGACCAGUGGAAUCAACAACUCUAUCGCAGUCAACAGCCUGGAGUGGAACACAAUGAUGUUUCCUCUGCUUUGUUGCAAAGAGCUCAGGAAUGUAAACGGAAGACUGAUGAAGGAAGUGGACAUGAUACCCUUAACAGUAUUAACAAUGAAUACACAGAGAAUGACAACACACCACCAUCAUCUUUGCUUGCUCUGUCAUACAUUAAUAAUUCAGAUGAAAGCCUGACAAUGUCUGAUAAUCCCAGAUCAACUGAAAAGCCAAGAAGUAAUGGGAGUCUUGAAGAUGUAUCAGCAGAACCAUCAGAAAUAAGCAUACAGUUUCCUAAUUGGACUAAUUCUGUCAAUGAGGACAAGAAGAAAGAAUCUCCAGAUAGCAAUGCAGAUUGUUUUGCUAUGUCUCCCAAAGAUGGUAGCAAGUCUUUGGUACAUCUUGACACAGCUGAUAAUUCAAAAUACAGUGUAAAUGUGGCAUCAUCAUCAGUUCUGAAAUGUUUUGAUAAGGAUUUCUCAUCACAAAAAACUCUUGAGCAGGAAAAUCCUUCUCUAGGUUCUGUGGGAAAGGAGAACAGUCAAGAAAAGCUUUCUGCUAUAUUUGCUGAGUGUCAAGGUCAAUGGGAUAAAUUGCUCAGCAGUCACGAAACAUCUUUGGAAGAUAUAAAUCAAGAAAGAGCAACUGAAAAUCUGCAAAAUCCAUAUGCAGAAUAUACUAAAUCCAUGGAUACAACAGGGGAACCUAUAAUAAGUAAUUCAUUGCCAUAUGAAAUGGAUUAUUCUGAAAGAGGUGAAACUUUUGAAAGUCUAGUAUAUGAAAAUAAAGGUUCAAAUAAAACAUAUAUUGAUAUUACACCUCAUCAUGAAUCAUUCCAAAUUCUGGCUGCUUGGAAUAUAUCAGUGAAUGAACAAACACAUUCUCUUGUUGUAAGCCCUACAAUAAAAGAAGCACUUGGAGAGUCAAUUACCACCUGCAGUUUCCCAGAAGAUAUUGAAGUCAAAGACACCUACCAUGAUGGCAAUACCUGUGGCGAUUCCAUUCAUGAAUAUACACGCUCGAGUGCAACAAGUCCAGAUUUCAGUGACUCUUCUAUAAAGAUGCAUACUUGGGACAGCUUGCAAGCAGCUAAUAAUGAAAAAGAAAAUGAAGAUAAUUGGGAUAUCACAAAUUAUGGUAAAGCAGAAGAAUUACUUGAGACUAAAAGCCAAGAAGAUUCUGAAACAAGCACUGAUCACAAGGUUCCCAAAAACUUAGAUCUUUGGAAUGCUCACAUAGAGGAUGAUACAGUAUCUUCUUUAUCAAGCCCUGGAAUAGAUGAAGAUUCAGAAUAUUCAAAUGUGCAUCAGUCAGGAAAAAAGUCAGAUGUAAACCCUGAUAAACUGGAGGAAGAUACAAUACAGGAAUCUUUGUAUUCCCAUGAAACAAACCUGGCAGUUAAUUCAGAGAGUUCAGGUCCUCAGCCCAGGUUGGACCAAAAUAUCCAUGAAAUGGCAUUAAAUACAUGUUUUGAAGAGGGUGAUGCUUGUAGUACUUUAAAGAAAGAUUAUUGUCAUGAAACUUCUGAAUAUUUAAGACACUUGGGAACAUCUCAGGAUAACGUACAUGACGAAACCUCUACUAUAAAUCAUGAACAAAAUUAUACUUCAAGGACUUCAGAUGUGUGGGAUUUACUACUGCAUAGUAAUUCUGAAAGUUCAUUAGAUAAAUUUCAGAUGUCCAGAGUGGAAGAUCUUGGAUUUUCAAAUGAUUCUUCAGAAUGGUGGAAUUUACAAAAACAAGAUGACAAUUCAAAAAUUAAUGAUUCAGUAGCUGUAGGCCAUGAUGUUUUGGGAGUGCUGAAAGAAAGAAGUGAAAAACUUGAAGAACUAAAUGCUGCUAGCUAUGAAAAGGAGUCUACUCGAUUAAACAAUGAAGGUGAACAUAAUAAUGGAGAACACUCAUUGGAUAAACAAAACGAACAAUUAGAUCAGGUUCCGGUAAACUUUGAAGAGUGUGAAUCACUGUCACAAUUAUAUAAUAAUAAAAGGGAUGAAAAAAAAGAGCCUUUUGCUGUUUCUGUUAGUGACCAGGACUGUCUUAAACAAUGUAUUCAGGAAGACUGGCAGUCAGGCCUGUUCAAUGCGCUUGCUCAGGUAGAUCUCAAGCUUGGUCUGUUAAACGAUCAUCUGAAUGUAGCUUCCAGUGAUCCCAAUGAAAUAAACAUAGGUAACCUAUCUGGUCAAAAACUAUUAGACCCACAUGAAAAAUCUUCACCAAAUACUCUGCAACUUCUAGCAGCAAAGACAUCCAGCUCAUUGCAUAAUGAAGACAGAGUUCCACAAGAAAAAACAUUUGUUCCAGAUAUAUUAAAAAAUAACCCUGCAGACUGCCAAGGAUUCACUGUUGAUCCAGAUUUGUGGAAUGUUGUGGAACAACCUUUCAAUCUGAGAACAAACAGAGAAAAUCCUGAUAUAUUAAGUCACUGUGAUCAAGACAGCAGUUCACAGGCCUCAAGCAGUCCUGAUGUUUGCCAUGAAUAUGAAAGCAAGCAGACAUGUGCAGAGUCUUCUGUUCUGCCUGAGCCUGAAGAAGCCACUCAUAUGUCUCCCAUGCUGUCAGAUAUGUGCAGAGACACAGACUUUUGUUUUAACCAGCAGCUGAUGAUUGACAGGGAAGAGAUAUGUCCUGAAGGAAAUGGUUCAUGCCUUCCAAAUAAUUAUGAUAUAAGCAUUGAAGAUUCCUACCAACUGUCACCUAAUAGAAGAGAAGAACAAUUUGAAAUUAGAAUGGUAAAAAUGGAGAUUUCUGACACAGUAAACAAAGCAACUAUUGAAAUAGAGGAUUUGCCAUGUUCUGGUACAGAAAGUGCGGAAAUGCCUCUAAAUCUAGAUAAGGAUGCAUUUGAAAAGAAAAUCAUUGAAGAAGAAGAAGUCUCAGCUUCUGUAAAUAAAUUUAUCCAUCCUACUGCUGCUCCAGUUUCGCCUACAGAUCGUUCUGUAUGUUGCACUUUUUCUGAGGGUAACCAGCUUUUUGGCUUUGACCAUGUAACAGGGAAUGUUGAUCAACAAGACACAUCAGAUAUCCAUGUUAAUAGUGAAGUUGUAAUAGAGCACAGUAAGAUAGCAAUUACCAAUAGCCCAUCUACCACAGUGAAUGCAACUAAUCCUCUGACAAUGUUAGACAAUGAAUCAGAGGAAAGUGCAGAAACACAGACAACAUUCACACAGAUGCAUUCACUGAAGGCCUCCCUAGAAGAAGAGAAAGAAGAUUUCCUGUAUGGUACAGGAAGCCAAUAUGCUAUCAACACUAUGCAAGAACCUGAAAAUAGGCAGGAGAGUCAUAGCCCAUGUUUUACAGGAUUACCUGAUAGACAGUCACCAUAUGCAUGUACUUCUCCAUUUGAGGUAGCAUUUGAUGAAGAGUACACUAAUGAAAAAGGUGACAUGAACAUUUCAGAAUGUGGCAUUAUGGAUAUAAAAGCUGAAAGUUCUCAAGGAGAUCAGGGUUGGGGAUCUCUUUUAGUAGAAUCUGAUGGGACUCCUGGAUCUUCUUGCACUUUGAAAAAAUUUGAGUAUGAAACAGAUUCAAGUAAUAUUGAAUCACCAACUGGUGACAGUGAAAUUAACAUUUCAGAAUCUAAAGAUACUGCUAUCAAAGGCAAGGUUGCAGAACAUAUUCAAGAAGAUCAAGGCUGGGGUUCACUUUUGCUAGAAUCUGAUGAACAUUCAAACAUUUUGAAAGAAUUCGACCAUGGAACAGAUUCAAGUAAUAUUGAUUCUCAAGCUGGUGAAGGUGAAUUGAAUAAUUCAGAAGCUGGACAUAGCGAGGCCAAUUCCAAGGCUGGGCUUUAUUCUCAAGAAGAUCAGGACUGGGCUUCUUUAUUGUUGGAAUCUGAAAUAACUCCCAUGUCAUCUGAUUCCUUGAAAGAAUUUGAAUAUGAAGCAGAACCAAAUCAUAUCAGUUCACCAGCAGGUGGAGAUGUAUGCAUGAGCAAUGAAACUGUCUGUGAUAUGCUUAGCAAUGAUAGUAAAGGAUAUAAAUCCACAGAGAGGGCAGAGAUGACAAAUGAAGAAAACAAGGAGGAUACAGUGUUAAAUGAAGUGGAAGAUCAGUCUUCACUAGAAAUGGAUUACGUCCUCAUUAGUGGUGAAGAAAAUGUACCUUUGAGGAAGGAUAUCUUGGUAACACAAGAAAGCCAUUUCACUCCACAGGAAACUACAGCAGUGGCAGAACAAACAGAUUCUCUUGAAACCUUUUCACCAGACUCCUCAGAUACAUUUCAGUCAAUCUCCAUAAUAAAUGAAAGUGAAGGGCAGUCUACUCUGGAGACUGAAUGGGAUUCUUUUUAUUUAGGAGAGAAACCUUCUGCUGUUGUGUCUCAAAAACUGGAAGAUGAAAAGAAGCCAUCCAGAAGCCCUGUGCAAGAUCAGGAAUGGACUAUGGUGGGCCAAAACGAAGUGGAUGAUGUAUCCCCUGAAGAAAACUGUAGUAGGACAGACACAAUGCAGUCACUGUGUGGAAAUCCUGUUAAAGAAUUAGAAGAUGUGUUAAUCCAGGAACUGAUCUCUGAGACACAAGCUGAAACUCUACUAGAUAGAAACCCUCAGAAAUUGUUGGAGCAAGAGGAUGAGAUUUCAUACAAUGGAAGAACAGAUGCUCUUUUAUUUCAAGCUGAUGACGGCAGUGGUGAUUUGGAAACCCAUUCACAACAUCCUAAUGAUGGCAUAGUAACAGAACAAGAAAUGGACCAGCAGACCCAGUUUGCUGACUGCGAGAAAGAACCUGGUCAUAUAACAGGAUUGGUAUCAAAGGAUGUGGGAAUGGAUAUCCCCUUCAGUGAGGCUGUGCUAAACUCCAGUGCUACAGAGAUGAGACCUGAACCUCCUAACUCUCUCGAUCUUGAUGGCACCAACCCUAGAAGGAUAAAGCUUACUGCUCCAAAUAUCAAUCUCUCUUUGGACCAGAGUGAAGGAUCUGUCCUUUCGGAUGAUAACCUGGACACUCCAGAUGAAAUUGAUAUCAAUGUAGAUGAUCUCGAAACCCCAGAUGAAGCUGAUUCUUUUGACUAUACUGGACAUGAAGAGCAGCCAGCCAGUAAAGAAAUUGCCCAUCAGGUAUCUGAAUCAAUUCCAGAGUAUACUGCUGAAGAAGAGAGAGAGGACAACAGGUUGUGGAGGACAGUUGUCAUCGGAGACCAGGAACAUAGGAUUGAUAUGAAAGCAAUUGAACCAUAUAAAAAAGUCAUUUCUCAUGGAGGAUACUAUGGUGAUGGUCUAAAUGCCAUCAUUGUGUUUGCUGCAUGUUUUCUACCAGACAGCAGCCAAACUGAUUACCACUAUGUCAUGGAAAACCUUUUCCUAUAUGUAAUAAGCACUUUGGAGCUCAUGGUAGCUGAAGACUACAUGGUGGUUUACUUGAAUGGAGCAACACCAAGGAGAAGGAUGCCAGGCCUGGGCUGGAUGAAAAGAUGUUACCAAAUGAUUGAUAGGCGGUUAAGAAAGAAUUUGAAAUCCUUCAUCAUUGUCCAUCCCUCUUGGUUUAUCAGAACAAUUCUAGCAGUGACACGGCCUUUUAUAAGCUCAAAAUUCAGCAGUAAGAUACAAUAUGUCAGCACUUUGGCAGAGCUCAGUGAACUAAUUCCAAUGGAAUAUGUAAAUAUCCCAGAAAGUAUUGUCAAACUGGAUGAAGAGCUGAGAGAAGCAUCAGCAAAAGCGAGCUGUCUUUCUAAUGAGCAAGAAAUAACUUCAGUCCAGGAGGAUGUCGACAUGAAGCUGAAAGGAAAUUCCUAAUUUUCUUGGCAACCUAAAGAAGAGACAUUUCCUCUGUUCGAUGUGCCUGAGCCUUGAGGAUGGGGACAUUUUGGUUUCUCAAGUUCUACACUAUCCCCCAUGAUCUUCUUGUUCGCAAAUCUCAUUCAUUACCAUGAGGCCUAUUUGUGCAAGAAACCAUUCUUGGUAGAUUGCAAGCUAUGUUUUCUGAUCUCCCAGUGCCAUUCAGUGCUUUUGCAGGUAAAGAGGAAGGAAGGAGGCUCUAUUUCUGCUGCUACCAGACAGAGAACGACAUGUGGAUUGUGGCUUUGUGUAAUCUUGUCUUCAGAAGUGUUACCUGCAAUAAGGAAAUAGCUUUCAUUGUGCAUUUUUCAAUUCCAGAUUGUUUUGCUAUUAAUGUGCCUCCCCCAUGAUUUGGCAGGCUUGAUUAAUUCCACUAAUGGGUGGAAUAGUUCCAUUUUGUCUUCAGUAUAUUAAAAUUUCUGUGCCUAGCUGAACAAGAGAUGUUUUACAUAUGUGCUUCAGUCUUCUAGUGUGUAUCAAAGGGAUCCUGAUAUGCAUGCAAGGAGAAACAGAUUGCUCCUUUCUUUUCUAUCUGAAGGAAGAAUAUUUAUUGAAGGGAAAGGAACAUCUUCACCACUUGUGGGGCACCAUUAAUAUUUCACCGAUCUUGGGGUUGUCAUCAUUGUUUGUCAUUCAUUGUUUGCAUUUCUUUCCUAUCACUGUGCCUAAAUUGCAGACACUGUGCAGGACCACCCUUGAGAUUACUCUGCCAUGAAUAAGACAGAGGAUGUUUUUUUUUUCAUAGUUGUGUGGAUGCGUCCAUAACCGUGAAAACAGAAAUUUCAGGAAGCUUCUAUCCAAGCUUCCAUCCAUUACAAGGAAGCAUGAAAUCAUGCACCCACAGCAAUGCGAACAGAAACUGAAAAGAGUCUAAAUAUAUAAAACAUGUGGUAAGAGGACCAGCUGGUAUUUUGAAACAUCUGUGCAAGGAGAAACAAAAGCUCUGCUUUAAUUUAAUUUCUGUACCAAUUGCCACCACCAACUAAGCAUCAGAUCAACAUCUGUUGCUAGUUAUAGAACAAGGCAGUGAUAGAAAAACACCCAUCCCUUUAUUAAGUAGAAAGUCAUACACAUUCUGAAACACAUUUCUUGAUUUUCAAAUGGUGGUGACUAAUGUGUCCAUUGGACAGACCAGAUAUAGAUUACUAUGAGUUGUAUAUGUCUCAUUUAAUCAAAAAUUGUGAUGGUAAUAGACUUAACAAUGAAGCAUAAUAAAUUUAAUAAGUCACCAGUCGUUACCAUUCUGCUGUAUAAAUCUAGUUUCAAGUAGAUUUAGGUAUAAAUCAAUGGCAUCUGAAGCUGUUAUUAUUAUUAACCAUCAUAAACCAUCAACCAUCAGUAGCUAUUAUGUACAACAGGAGUAGUAAUGUACAGGCUUAUGGUUGCCAUUCUUUCCAUGCACAUAUCACAAUACACAAGUUUUCAGUCUUCUGCAGUACAUUAUCCAAGCCAUAACUGCUGAACAACUAUAUAUAUUGUUUUGAAUAUUUUAAAGUAUUUUUCCCAUAUGGAGGGUAGAAGCAUUUUUUAUCUGGACUACUGUAGUUGUGUGGAUGUGUCCAGACAUACCGAGGAAUAUAAAAUCUGUCUGCUUAUGGCUUUUCCAGAGGGGAAAAAAUCUGCCUACUGUGCACAUUAAAUUUUAUCAACCUAGAUACACACACCAAUUUUAUCCUGGAUUAUUGAUCCAUGGAAUUUAUGCAUCGGCUCUUAACUACAUAACUGCAUCCUUUCAACUCCAUUAUUUCUGUCUUGGGUGCUUAUCGCAUGAAUUUUAAAAGCGUUUCAAGCCUCACGGGCUAGGGCUGGGACACAGGAUGGAGGCAGGGAUUAUUGCAUGCUAAAUCUCUGCCUAAUUGUCACCUGCCAUCAACCCAGGUCCCAGCCGUGCUCCACCUGCACUUUUUAGAAGCCAGAAAGCUUCUGACCUUGAAAAAGUGCUGGCAGAGCACAGCUGGGACCCGAUUUGGACCUGGGCUGAUGAUGGGUGGCAAUUAGCUGGUGAUUUAGCAAGGAUAAUCCCCACAUUGAUCCUGCAUCCCGGCUCCAGCCCGGGAGGCUUGAAAAGAUCAUGCAAUAAACUCCUUAGUUUGUUCAUCUUGAUCCUGUACUAGAGCUUGCGAUCUAAACAGAACACUUGGAAUUUUCCUUUUCUGUGUUUGAGAUGGGUAUUCUUUUGCCCUCCAGUUGCUUUGGACUUUUACUUCUUGAUGCUACAGCCAACAUAAUCAGUGCUAAGGAAUGCUGGCAUUUGUAGCUCUAAACAUCUGGAACACUAAAGAUUACUACCCCAGAUAUAGUUGGGGAUUCUUCUUAACUGAUUUUUUUUCCCAAUGGAGGAAGCACUUUCUGGCAGAGGAAGGAAAUCUCUGCAUCCAAUCCAAUAGUUCAAAUAGGUUGGAUUUAAAGAAAAAACACAAACAGACUGAAUAUGUGGAGUUGAAAACCUCACAGAAAACUAAGACUGAAUAUGGUUUAUUGAAAGAAAUGAAGACAACAGGGCUGGCUCAUGAACAGGAGAGAUGCCCAGUAUGCAAAAGGAUCUUGUAGCAUAUUUGGGACUAACUGUGUGAAAGAAGUUGUAGAAUAAGCUUUUGUAGACUUGGUCUGCUUCCUCAGAUGAGGAGUGAUGCUGUUACCUUGGGCAGCACUGUGUCUGAAUCCAGAAAUUCCCUGUCUCCCUCCUCCCCAUCACUUUUGCAGAAUGAUAUACAGUAAAUGUUUGGCUCUGAGGUGUCUUUGGAGCUACACUUUAUGGGAAGAGUGGCUAGGCAAAUCAGGGGUGCCUUUCCUAGUAACUCCUUCCAUAACGAUUUGUCCGCAGGACUCUCAGUACUAGGAACUUAGUGAAAAGAUUGCUUUGUAGAGCCUGAAUAUCUAGUGGUGGUGUUACCAUCACUAUGGUGCAAUGUGGGAGGGAAUACUUCACUUCCCAUCUUGGACAAUCAGAAAGUUUAGGCUGUUCCUGCAAGGCAAGGAAUUGUUUUUAUUGGAAUGUUGGGGAUUUUUUUUUCUUUUGCAGCAUAUCUGUCAACUAUAUAUUGUAUUAAAGGAAAUGGUUUCUGCUUACUGGUUCUUGCUUCUAGUGAUUUUUCUCUUGCCGUUGCUUAAAUUAGACCGUAUGCAGACAGGCACCUCUUGGCUUCCUGGUUUUCUUCUACUUUUCAUCUAUAAUCCAGCUUUCCCUCAUUUUAGCAGCCCAUUUGACAGGCACAGUGGCAAAUCGAAUGCUAAUUCAUCAGUCAGUUUUUCCCCUCUCCCAUGUUUCAAGUAGACUAUUAAAAUAUUUUAAAAGCACAGCAUGAAUAUUUAGAUAUUCAAAUAUUUACUCUGCAUCUUAUUUAUAUUUCAAUCCCCACCCUCAACACCCAAAUUUCUUUAACAACAACGAUUCCAGGAAGAAGGGUUUGGGGAACAGAGGUGUUAAUGACAUUAUACAACAGGAUUAGUCACUCAGUGCCACGCAUGGCUGUUUUCUGCUGCAAAUUGGGUAAGUUUCUCUUAGAUCAGCCCUGAAGAGAUGGCAGCAUAUAUGUACAAAACACUCGUUUUGGGAUCGAUUUCUGACACGUAGCCAAGCUGAAUCAGAAAUCGAGUCAUCCUUCCAAUGGGAAUUCCCCCCUGGUGUGCUUUUCCAAUGAGUUCAGCAUUCAAAUUGUGCAUGUCUUUAUACAGACUGAAUAUUAGCUCUUGGUAGAAAAACAAACAAUAAAAGCCAUGUGUUACCAGUUCUUAAGAAUGGCAUCCUGUUCCAUUUUUACUAUCACAUAUUUGUUUUAGCCUUUCUCCAGUUGCCAUCUGUUGAAUCCUUUGUCAGAACAAAAGUUGCCAUUGCUUAUUUUAAGAUGUAAAAUUUAUUGUGACAUUUUGGAAGGCUGUAGCACCAUGUUCAUUUGUUUUGUUUUGUUGACAAUUUUUGCACUAAGUGUGAUACUAAGGGCUCAUCCAGAAGAGGGGGAAAAAUCUCUGGACAUAUCAAGAGUUUCCAUUCUUUGUGUUGUUUUAUUUUCCUUGUGUAUUCAUUGGUUAGCAUCCAAACUAUAUUUUGAUAUAUCCUGGGUUUUCUUCUUUCUCCUUUCCUUAUGUUCCUCCUCUUCCUUCUACUACUGCUAAUGUGCCAUUCAUGCAACAUUUCAGAAACUGAUUUUGACCAAUUUUUGUUGAGCCUUCUUUGCUAUUAUUCAGGAUGUAUAGUUGAAUUGCUGAAGUGCUCGAGCAAUAUCACACUAAGUAAACACUAGGAUAAUAUUAUAAUAUUAUCUGCUGCAGCCAUCUUUAGUUUUAGGAUACAGCCUAGUAAAGAUGCAUGUCAUUUCAAAAAACACUGGGUAAGUGACCAGGGAAGUAGAAAUGAAAAGUCCUUUGUAAUGACAGGAGUCCCCAGGAAAUACUCUUAAGAAAACAUGGAGAUCUCAAAAAUAAAAUAGCUUUUUACAGAAGCAAAAUGGGACUUCCAGAGACUUAUUUCUUAUCUGGAGGGGCUCUUCAUUAAUGUAAGCAUGGAGUUCCAUGCACAUCUUGAAAGAUGCCACCUUUAAGAUCAUAGACUUACCAUUAGUGGAAAAAAGAGAACCAUGCCCACAGAAUUUUCAGGAGGGGAGUUACAGUUCUCCCAUUAAAGAUUAUUUGGUGCCCUUUGAACUUUCCUGGGUCUGAAAUAGCCUCAUCCCCCCCCCCCAACUAGACUUGACCCUCUGAUUACUUCUGAUUUGGAAACAAGUGGAUGUGUGAGACAUGGGAGACUUGAAA